AUGCUGACUCGUUGGGCACUAGUACCGAGACUUUCGGCGCGAUUAUGUCGGUCAGCGGAGCUUGGAUGUUGUGUCAGGAGUUUUACGCACACCUCAAGAUUUUAUGCGCAUAAAGUUUCAAACAAAAGGAAAAGGUUCAAUGAAGAAGUGAAGCCUGUCAAAUUUGAAAUCCCAAACUACAUUGCGGUUAGUGAUCUUGCGAAUCUGAUCAACUUGAAAAUUGAGAAGUUGACCAAAGAUUUGACUAAAAUGGGAUUUGCCAAUGUAACGCACAACUACAUUCUGUCAAGAGAGUACGUCGAGCUCGUCCUGAUGAAUUACAAUUACGAGCUUGGUAAGCAAGCGCUUGUCGUCACCCCCGACAAUGUUUACGAUGAGUUAAGAUCUGCUGUUAAUCCUAAGAACCUAUCUAGAAGGCCACCUAUAGUGACUAUCAUGGGCCAUGUUGACCAUGGGAAAACCACGAUUUUAGACUAUCUGCGGAAAACUUCUAUCGUCUCUGAGGAGCAUGGGGGUAUCACACAGCAUAUUGGUGCCUUUCAGGUUGAGACCCCGGUUUCCAAGAGAAAGAUUACGUUCCUCGACACGCCAGGCCAUGCUGCUUUUCUUAAAAUGCGGGAAAGAGGCGCUAACAUAACUGAUAUUAUCGUACUUGUAGUUUCAUUGGAGGAUUCCAUAAUGCCACAGACUAUAGAGGCCUUGAAGCAUGCUGCCAAAUCAGGAAGCCAAAUGAUUGUCGCAAUUACCAAAAUUGAUAGAAUUUCGAAUACUAAGGAAAGGGAUAGGGCCAUUGAAAAGGUGACUAUCGACUUGAUGAAUAAUGAAGUUCCCAUCGAGAAAAUGGGUGGAGACGUUCAAGUUGUUCCCAUCAGUGCUCGAACUGGAGAGAAUAUGAAUCUUUUGGAAGAAAGCAUUAUUGCUUUGAGCGACGUAAUGGACUUGAAAGCUGAGAGGAGUAAUAAAGCUGUGGCCGAAGGAUUUGUCAUUGAAAGCGAGGUAAAAAAAUCAGUGGGCAAUGUAAGCACUGUUUUGGUAACUAAAGGGAUCUUACUAAAAGGUUCUAUUCUGAUUUGCGGAAACACAUAUUGCAAGGUGAGAAGCAUGUCAAAUGAGCAAGGAGCGAGCGUGCUUUUAGCGGAUCCAAGCACCCCAGUGGAAAUCACGGGAUGGAAACAUAUGCCUGCUGCAGGUGAUGAAGUUCUUCAGGUCAGCAGUGAGUCGAUAGCCAAGAAAUAUGUGGCUAAAAAGCUUGCUGUACUACAAAUGGCCAAAGAGGCGAAGAACGUUGAUAGGAUUAAUGAGCAAAGGGCCAUGGAAGCGCUUGCCAAGGCCGAAAGAGAGCAGCAUAAUGAAGAACCUGAAGAACAUGAAGAACCUGAACCUAAUACAGGUCCGGAGAAGGUGAACUUCAUUGUCAAAGCUGACGUAUCAGGUUCAGUAGAGGCAAUAGUUGAGAGCAUUUCAUCUCUUGGGAAUGAAGAGGUCCAGUGCAAUGUUUUGUCGGCCUCUGCUGGUAUUCCCAACGAAAGUGAUAUGAAGCUGGCUCGUUUGACGGAUAGUAAACUUCUGUGCUUCAAUCUAGGGUCACUUCCCUAUGAUGUCAUUAACAACAAAGAUAAGAUCGAGGUCGAGCAGUACAACGUCAUAUACAAACUAAUAGAGGGUGUUACAGAAACUCUCAGGAGCAGGUUAAAACCUAUCUAUGAAACCAAGCAAAUCGCUCAAGUCGAUAUUAGAGAUAUUUUCGACUUUAGCGUGAAAAAGAAAAUAAUCAGAAUUGCAGGAUGCAGAGUAGUUAAUGGGUUAUUAACCAGAGGCUCGAUGGUCAAGGUGUUGAGAGGAUCUGAUGAGGAUGUGGUAUUUGACGGCCGCAUCGCAAGUUUGAAACAGGGCAAAGAAGAUGUGCCCUCAGUGAAGAAAAAUAGCGAAUGCGGUAUCACAUUCGAGAAUAAUUUUGAGGGUUACGAAGCUGGCGACAAACUGGUAGCGUACGAAAAAGUAGAGGUACCAAGAUAUCUUUAA